AUGAACGCGUGGAGGCAGAAUGUUUUGGACGCUUGGAAGCAUAUGAUGUCCGUAUACCACUACCUCAAAGAAGAUCACUCCGCCCCGGACACUUCAGCACUUCGGGGACUGAAUGAAUUACUUUUGGACCGUGAGCUCGCGCCUGGAGACGUCACCGAUCCGAACGUCAACAAUCUUCAACAACGCGGUCAACGAGAACCAUUGGUGUACGAUCGAACUUCUUUCCGCGAAGCAGUCAUAAGGAUCAGGGAUUCCCGCAAUGCUGAGCUGUACGACCGUUCGACGGACGACAGUCAACCGGGAGCAAGUACGAACAGCGGAACGGCGUCGGCAAUGGACGGCAUCACUUACGAAGACUGGGCACGUGGCAACUUUGUCAUUCCGAUGGAGAGCCAAAGCGUGGUAGGUGGAUCUUCAAACAACGACAAUGGAGUUGGACCGUCGGACGAUAGCUCCUCCUUUCUGAAUUACACUCCGAAUUCGAACGAUUCGAUGAUGCAGAUUAUUGAGGGCCAUAUGCCCGGAUGUGAGUUACAGGAUCAGUCCUUUGGAAUUUAGAGCGCCGGGGUUGAAUGUUUUUAAUUUACAGUUGUUAUCGAGUGAAAAGUCUGUAAAAUCUCACAAAAACAGUUUUAUUUCAGGUCAAUGUAUGACAAAUGCUCGGGAAACCCAAAACGACCGUCAGAUGGACGAUGUUUAUGCUGGCAGAAUCGCAGAAGUGAACGACGACGGAGAGCCAAUGGAAAUAAAUUCGGAGGAUUCAGUUCAGGUGGUAGAAGAUUCGGACGAUUCAGUUGUGGUGGUCAAAGACUCGGAGGAUUCAGUUUCGGAGAUGGAAGAUUCGGAUGAUUCCGUUAUUGUGGUGGAACAUUCAGACGAGGACGAAUUGGAAGCGCUGGAAAUGGAAGAUGAAGAACUGGAGGACGAAGAGCUGGAGAAUGAAGGAUUGGAGGAACCAGAAGAACAACAUGUGCGCGGGAACCAUGUGCACCAUGUUCCACAGUUCCCGAUAUGGUUGACUCCGUUCCGAAUGCCACCGUUCGAGAUGCCUACGUUCCAACUGCAUCCGUUCCAACUGCAUCCUUUCGAAAUGCCUCCGUUCCAACUGCAUCCAUUCCAACAGUUUCCGGUCGCAAUGGUUCCGUUCGACCUGCAAGCUCGUAUGGACUUUCCGCUUGGUCUCGCUCAUGGACCAUUCCACUCGCCGCCGCCAAGCCCGAAUCAGUUGCAGAACGAACACAACAUGUAUUUAGAGCCCGAGCCAGCCGGUGCCAUUCCGGCAGAACAUUUCAAUUUUAAUAUUAACGGAGCGGAGCAUGAGUUGCCGGAACAGGAGGAUGAAGUUGAAGGUUAGUUGGGCGGAGUACUUGCUUUUGAGAUAAGAGUACACACAAGCAAAGGAUUAAUGCACGCGUCAGUAGACUGAUAUCUGUUGUAGUAGUAUAAAACGAAUAAGCGUUCGCUCUGACUAGACUUUUGUAGGCAAAAGACGGGGUUGUUUUGAGGCUUCGGCUAUGAUCUCUACUGGACUACUGUUGUUAUUCCUUCGCCCGAGGAGAAGGAAGACUAAAAAUUAGUGAUUGCAGAGAACCAUGACGGAUGUCCGCUCCCCAUGUGUCAGUAUUUCCAACAGUACACCAUCACCACUCCAGACAACGUGCAGGUUAGUCAUUUGUGAGUCGAAAGACACAAUCAGAGUCGUAUUUGCAGGACAAGCAACAAAUUCUCAAGGAGAUAAUGAGUCACACGACCCGCCUUCUGUACGAUGCUGCCGAGUUGUGCACGACCGAUGAUCGAGAGAAUCUGAAUAGGCUGGCCGAGUCAACGAUUAUCAUCAACAACGCCUUCUGCCGGAUGCCCACGAUGGAGUCGUUCCAUGUUAGACUUUACAGAAAAAAACUGUUUAACCAUUUUAUUUUCAGGGAAUGACUGACAUUGCUCAGAAAGUCAUAUUGCACUUCGCCAAUGAAGUUUGUGAGUUUCUUUAA